CCGAGGGUACUGUACUAAGCAUGCCUAACCUCCCACACUACAAGACAAAUCUAUCUUUGGCAUGACAUCAUGAACGUUAGCAACGACCCGCUGCCGCGGACUAGAAAGGCAGCACGGUCUUCUCUAGCUUGCUUGCCCUGUCGCUCACGUCACAUUAAAUGCGAUGGGAUCCGACCGUGCUGCGGCCGUUGCAGCGAGACCGCCCAGCAGUGUCAUUAUGGAACCUCACGCCGAGGUGGUUUGGAUCGCGCAGCCCUGGCAGAGCGGCGCAGACAGCGCCUUGUAAAUGCAGAAGCUGGAGCUAUAAGCAUGCCGCAGACACAGUACUUGGUAAGGAGUCCUGCAGACCCCUUACUCACGAAUCCAGUUGUCGACAUAGCCUACCAUGGUAUCCAAGAUUUGCAGCCUGAUAUCAGCACCGGGAGUGAGGCAUCUCUCUCAUCUUCGACGGCGGUUAAUCAGAGCCCUGUUGACGACGUCGAGGCCGAUUGCCUUGUUGAUUCGUACUACCGGAACUUUCACAAUUUCCACCCGUUCCUACUGCCGCAGAAGCACUUCGUGAGGCUCUAUCGAGACCCAAGGAGAAAGUCUCAGUUUAAACCACUGAUUGCAUUUAUGCGAUUUAUCGGCAAUAUUUAUGCCUCGAGUAAUUGGUCGACUGAACUAAAUGACUACGCGGAAGCCUGCCUUACGCAAGCACCACCAACGGAUCCAAUCUUAGUGCAGUGCCGGCUAUUAUACUCAAUAGCCCUAUUCUGGAAUGACAACAAGACAGACGCCAUACAUCAUAUGGACAAUGCCAUUUGCCUCGCGCUAGAUUUGCAGAUGUACCAAAAAGACUUCCCGGUCAAGCAUGGAGCAGACGAUGCCAUCUUGAUGGAAUGCUGGAGGCGAACUUGGUGGAUGCUGUAUAUCGUGAAUACUUACUAUGCCGGGACUCUCGCAUCUAUACGAACCGGCCUGUCAGAUGUUGAGGCUACCGUGGGCUUGCCGUGCGAAGAAUCUGACUAUGAAUCUGGGAAAAUUCCAGAACCUCAAACCCUCCAAGACUUUGAUAAUCGUGAAUUUGCACCUGACGUCCCACUUUUUUCGUCCUUUGCCUACCUGGUCGGUGCUGUGCGAUGUUCGGCAUUGGCUAUAACUGAAAUUUUGAGUGUGACGAGGCCGGACUCGACGCGAGUGAUACAGAAAAUCGACUCUAUCCUUAACGCAUGGCUGCUUCUCUUGCCCAAGAAUCGAAAGCAAGUCAUGGCAAAGACUGGCGAGAUCGAUGAGCUUAUGUUUCAAGCAUGCCUUGUCAUUCACGUGUCAAUCAUUGGAUUACAUCGCCCGUUCUCGGAUUUAAAAUUCAAUCCUGUCGAAAACAUCUCAAGCUGUGCUCGAGACCCACCUCUUGACACUCCAACUCCGGAGCUUGUGAACAUACACACCUUGCGAGUUCUUCAGUCUGUAGAAGACCAGGUCCAGCUUUUGGCACUACCGACUCGCAAAUUUGAACACUCUCCUUUUGUGACCUGCAUGAUCAGCGGGGGAAUGCUAGCGCUACUCUCGGCCUGCAAGUUCCAGCUCAAAGGGACAGAUUUGACUAUCGCAAGAAACCAGGUACGAGUGGCUAUUGGCUGUCUUAACGCACUAGGCGAAUUCUGGGCCAGAUCAGCAAGGAACGUUCGAGAGAUCCAGACCAUUGCUCGUCACGUACUGGGCCUUGUGUCUGACUUCAGUGAAGAACAGAGAAGCCUUGGAUUGGACAUUUCUAUCGUCAAUGCUGAUAUUCCGCCUCAAGAGAAUUAUGUGGAUAUGUGCGGCUGGUACAACAUUCCUGAUUUGGAUAUGAGUAGCCUGUGGGAGGCGAACAGUGCGCAGUGACGAACGUUUGUUUUAAUACAAUCUAUAAUACUUGACAACACUAUUGUAAAAGGGCUACUCGGAAAUACAGUAUGUUGCCGUGAUAACAUUACACACAA